AACAUAGACAUGACUGUAGUAACCAACCACCCUCUUUUGGACCCCUUUAACACUGAUGAUCAGUACAUCAGCAUCUACCUUGGACAAGAACAUGCUACUCUAAGAGACUCUAUUACAUUUGACCGUAUCACCAAGACUGCAGAGUCCACAGGUCUCCCGAGUUACGAAAUGUCAAAUGAAGCUCAUGGUAAAAGGUUUCAUUUCCGACAACCACAGGGUAUCAAUGCAUUGGGUGCAUUUCGUAUAGGCGUCGAGUAUAAAGGAGAAACGCAUGAUACUUCAACUAUUGUCCUCAUGCAUAAUGCAACAAUCACUCCCGAACAAACCACCUUGACUGCCCAUCUCGGAGAAACUGUUACAAUCCAUUUCAACACAGAUAUGACUGACACACUCAAGUGGCGGUUUAAUGGGGAUUCAAUAUCUGGCUCUAAAGGAAAGCAGAGUCUCACUUUGGAAAAUAUACAGAUGGAUAAGGCUGGAUUAUAUAAAUGUUUUAUACAGUCACACAGAUGGGAUGCAGACAAGCAAGCAAUACAGCUCCUUCAUAUCAUCAAAUGUCCAGCAUACCGUUGGGGAGCUGACUGUGAACAAGAUUGUCCUGAGUGUCUUAACGGAGGCAGGUGUGAUGUAGACUCGGGGGAGUGUGUAUGUCCUCCUGGUUUUAGCGGGACAACAUGCGAUCAAGUCCUGGGGAGCAACCGGUUUGGACAAAAUGGCAGUUUUUCCUGUGAUACCUCAGGAGAUGACCACAGUCUAGCGUGUCGGGGAAAACUCUUCUGCCUACCAGACCCCUUUGGAUGCACAUGUGCUGCGGGAUUCAUGGGGAUCGUUUGCACAAGAGAAUGUGCACCAGGGAGAUAUGGGGCGAACUGCUUGCAAGAAUGCCACUGUGGCCCAACGAACAUCUGUAAGAAGGAUACAGGGGAAUGUAUGAAUGGGACUACAUGUGCAGAUGGCUGGACAGGCGUCAAUUGCCAAGAAUGUGCACCAGGGAGAUAUGGGGCGAACUGCUUGCAAGAAUGCCACUGUGGCCCAACGAACAUCUGUAAGAAGGAUACAGGGGAAUGUAUGAAUGGGACUACAUGUGCAGAUGGCUGGACAGGCGUCAAUUGCCAAGUUAGAGGUUCACCCUCUCUUGACACUGGUGAUGAUGAAGUGAUUACGGAUAUUGCAACCACUUCUCUCUACGCUCCCAUUGCUGACACCACUUUAGCUCCAAUUCCAGUUACCACGAUAGAUACCAUCCCCGCUAGCACAACCGAGACUACACAACCAGUUCCAUCUUUUGAAAUAUCAAGCUUCCAGUACUCCCGGGUUAACCACGGGAAUCCUACAACAUUGGUUUGUGUUGUGAAUGCAUCUCCGAGUCCUCCUGCACUAGAAAGCAUCAGCGUCACCUGCACAGUGAACGGACAACUAACGAUAAUUCCACGACAAGAAUCCACUGCUAAUGAGACAACCAGAACAUCCUGGUACCAGGUUACCGUGAGACUUGAUGAGAUGCCCAAGAACUUUAUAUGUCUUUUCCAUGGACCGGGCGGGGGUAAUGUCUCACAAGAUCUUGCUGUCUAUGUUUUUGAGCCCCCGAGGUUUAAUAGAAAUGAAGCUCACAUUCUCGUUCGGGAAAUAACAUCUCAAUCGAUCACCGUACGCUGGUCAGCUUGGAAUGGGAAUCAUGAUUACGGCGAUGGGCCAGUGAUCGGAUAUCAUGUCUACUACAACACCCAAGGUCAAGAUGAUCUAGUUAGAGCAUCACAAAAUAUCACCAGCGAUGUAACCUAUACCAUUACUGGAUUGGUACACGAUACACAGUAUGAUAUCAAAGUCACUGCUUUAAGAGAAGGGGAACGGGGAGAGGGGAGUUACAGCUCACCAAUAACAGAAAGGACCAGCUGUAUUGCACCUUCUGCCGCACCCGUCUUGUCUCUUGGAGAUCAAACUCAGUCAUCCAUCUCUUUGAAUUGGGAGAUGAUACCUGCGGGCACAUGGGGGUGCAGUUCUCUUCUGGGAAUCCUCAUUAGUCUUAGCACCAAUGGACAAAAUGGCGGUCCCCGAAACUUUUCAUUUAAUGCUGAUGAUGGCACAGCUACCAUCAACGAGCUUCAGGACUGUACUACGUAUAGCAUCAAAGCGGCAUUUCAGAACAAGGACGAAUUGGGGAUCUAUUCAGAUGUGUCGUCUGUGAGCACAUCUAAGAUACGACCUGCAAGUGUAGAGAUCUUACGGACGUCGCCAGCAACCACCCACAUUGAUGUCAGCUGGGAAGUAUCUUCAAGUAUAUGUUCUCCUGACUACUUUAUCUUACGAUACAGUCUCUUCAGAAAACUUGCAUGCCCAUCAUCAGAAACCACCCUUGUACAAAUUGAAGUCAACACUACAUCUACACAAUACAGGAUAGAUGGGUUAGAGCCUUAUUCGCGGUACAAGAUUUCUGUUAUCGCAGUAAAUAGUAUUGGGGAGAGUGAACCGACGACUCGCAGUGUUGACACAGGGGCGGGACGACCAGCUGCCAUCAGGAACGUCAUGGUGAAUCCCGAAAGAACGUCUCCAACACGACUAGAGUUCACCUGGGAACCGCUCAAUUGUAGAAAUGUGAAUGGAGAAUUCUGGUACUACUAUCCAAGAAUCUACACGGACGGUGAUAGAACAAGGCGACCUGCUGAUGCUGAAUACUUAGAAUCUGACUUAACAUCAUCAUCAUUCGAGUUCAACGAACUCGAGCCAUGUACAAUGUACGAACUGAAUAUCUAUGGCGGAAAUAGGGACCGGCAAACUGGAGAAGUUUCCAGAGCAAAUGGCUUAACAAGUGUUACAAUUAACAGUGCUUCCACAUUUGGAUAUCGAAAUAAAAUAGACGUCUCUUGGACUGUUCCAUUUGGAUGCAGUGUGGAUUACUACAGAUUAUCAUAUCAACUCAUCUCACGUCGAGCCUGUCCAGAUGUUCCUAUUACUGAUGCCCCUGUCAAUGAAAUCUAUGUUACUUCACUCUUUACCUCGGUUAUCAAAGAUAUUUCAGACCUGGAGAAUUAUGCAACUUAUAGCAUAUCAAUCAUAGCUGUGAUAGACGGAAUAGAGAGCCUACCUAGAAAUGUUCAAGGAAACACCGAUGACGGAAUUCCCUCUGCAAUUGAGUCUGUGUCAUACACGUCUACACAUCACUCUUUGACAUUUGAAUGGGAGGAACCCGCGUGUGAAUACCUACAUGGUAAUCUUGAUGGAUAUGAGAUCGACUUCAUCUACUCGGAUAGAACUGAUCGACAAAUACUGUCUAGAGAAGAACAGAGUCGGACAAUCACAGACCUCAUUGGUUGCACAGAAUAUACCUUUGCCAUAAGAUUAGUGGUGGCCACUUAUUACAGAAGUGAAUGGUAUGCUAUUAAGGCAUGGACAAAUGUAUCAGCACCUGGAGAGCCCAAUAUCAGAGAAAUAACCAAACAUCAGGAAGUUGUAGGCGCUACAGGUCUUACAGUCACCUGGAACCCUCCUCCAUCUCCUCCAUGCGAGCCAACACACUAUCAAAUCCAAUAUUAUGUUUAUCAAGGUGAUAUGUGUGAGGAUAUACCCAGUCAGCCUCAAUUAGGCCUAACUUUAGCAGGGACUGUCAAUGGGUCAACCUUCACCUUCAACAUCCUGGAGUUACGUCCAAACUCUGAAUACAUGGUGUUUGUGAGAGGCAAAACAAGCAGUGGUUACGGUGAUUCUGAUUUUCAAAGAGCUCUCACGGGACAUUCAUAUCCAUCUGGUCCUCCAACUAAAGUCCGAUCAACUAGCACCAGGAAACGAAGUAUUACCUUUACUUGGGAUAAACCAGCAUGUGGUUAUCGCAAUGGACCAAUUACAAGCUACGACGUUAUUCUAUUCGAUUCAGCAGGAGGCGUAGUGCAUCAACGUAAUGUGUCGGAUAGUACAACACCCGAGACAGAAAUAGAUGGACUUAUCCCAUAUUCAAAUUAUAGUAUCACGGUCAGAGCAUGGAACUAUGAACUACCAGGGGUUUAUUCUCCAGAGUUUUGGGCACAGACAGAUGAAGCAAAGCCUGGACCACCUAUAAGAGUAAAUCUUCCAGCUUCUGACCAGGAGAGCAUCACAGUGGAAUGGAUGUCACCAAACCCUCCUCUGGGAAGGAUAAUAGGUUAUUACGUUCUCUAUUGGGAGACGGAUGAUAGUAGUGCCACAUCUAUAGUCAGGAAUGUUAGCUUUCCGUGUGGAGAUGGUCAAUGCUCUGACAUCAAUGAAAGGUUUUCGUUGAUAAUCCCUGAUCUUCGGCCGGACACGAAUUAUUCCGUCCAGGUAAAAGCGGAGACAAGACUUGGAGUUGGUGACCCGAGUCCAGACCAACCUUUGAUUAGGCUUACAUCAGAAGGAAUCCCAAGUGCCCCCCUAGGUGUUGCUAUCUCCAGCAGUUCAAAGUCCUUAAUGAUCACCUGGAACCAGCCAAAAUAUCCUCGUGGCAAGAUCAUCUCUUACACGCUGGCAUACAAAGUAAAAGCAAAGCCGUACGACAGUUCAUUCCAAACAGGAGAUUCAUUCAUGAUCAAAACAUUAGAUGGAGUCUCCACGAGUUUUCUUCUUGAAGACCUGGAGCCAGCCACGCUUUAUGAGGUAUAUGUGGUAGCAUCUACAAGCAAAGGAAUGGGGGAUUCCAGUCCGCAUGUGGAUGAAUUUACCGAACCACCUACAGUUGAUGAACUUCCUAAACCGAGCAUACCAGUGAUUGUAAUGUCUCUCGACGGUUUGCCGACCAUUCCGUUUUCUGAUGCGCUUGAUUCUCCAUAUAUAACAGACGUUCUUGUUGCUGUUGAAGAGAGGCUUCCGGACGCGAGACGAAGACGUCAGCUGACAGGGUACGGUACCUUCGCCGAGAACCCUACAUCCUACAUCGCUGCCAAGGUCGGCAAGGAUCGCCUACCGUUAGAUAUCAUUGUAGGAGAUAACCAGACUUAUGGAGGGUAUCACAACGCACCCCUGAAAGACAAAGCAACCUAUGAUAUACGGACAGGUGUCGAGAGUAACGUUGGUAGACAGAAAUCCACUCUUUUCGGAGAUGCGAUAACCUAUCAAACAGGCUCGACAGGUGGUGGCUCUGUAGUACCUGUGGUGAUAGGGGUAAUAGUGGCACUUCUUCUUGCAGCUGUGGUAGUAGUUGGUGUUCUAUAUUACAGAAAGAAAAAAGGAAAAUUAGAUCGUCUUCCAGCCUCUAUACUCAGACCACGAAGAACCCCACCAGUCAGACCUAACAACAGAAACCAGACGAACGACAAUGUGCCAAUGAGACAAGUACACAGCCUUAAUCGUAGUGGAACGCUGCCCAAUGGGUCAUCCACUGAUGGCUUGUGUAACGCCGAGAUCAACGGGGAUGACGGGGCUAUCUAUGCUAACAUGCAACCAGAAGAGAAUGCACAUAAUCCUAUCUCUCUUGACCAACUCAUCACCUAUGUGGCACAGAAGAAGUCUAGUGCAAAGAAUGGAUUCAAACAAGAUUAUGACAGUAUUCCAGUCGGACAACUUCACCCGUGGGACGUGGCUAAGAAGAUUGAGAACAAAACAAAGAACAGAUAUAUCAACAUUAUUGCAUAUGAUCACUCGAGAGUCCUACUGCCUAUGCUUGAUAAUGAUCCACAUUCUGAUUAUAUCAAUGCGAGCUUCAUUGAUGGUUACAAUUAUCCCAGAAAGUACAUCGCCGCCCAAGGACCCAAUAUCGCGUCGGUUAAGGAUUUCUGGCGAAUGAUAUGGGAGGAGGACUGUGGCAAGAUUGUAAUGUUGACUAACUUGGUAGAGGGUGAAAAGAAAAAAUGUGAGAAGUAUUGGCCAGACAAAAAGAUGUUGUAUGGCAAGAUCUCUGUUACAAUGAACAGUACAGAGGUGAACACACAUUACACGGUCAGGACAUUCACUGUCAUGUUUGAUAAUACUAUCCGUGAAGUUGUCCAAUACCACUAUACCUCAUGGCCUGACAUGGGUGUACCCAAGUACACCACACCUCUCAUGAACUUCAUUAGGACCGUCAAGCAACACCACACAAACAGCAUGGGACCCAUUAUUGUUCACUGCAGGUAA